CUUCUAUCACAAACAUAUUCCAUAGUUUGCCGCCACUUCUGUUAAAUUACAGUCAUAGAAAAAUAUUAUUAUCUCCAGCAAGCAAAGUUUUAGGUACAAAAUCAACUUUGUAUAAACGAAUUAUUUGGAAGAAAACAAUUUUGCUAUAAAUUUUAUUACAAUUUUUAAGAUUUGAUCCGAAAAUGGCUGAAGUAUCGAGCAAAAGGAAAGCAAGUGAUAUGAAUGGCAGCAAUGGAGACGAACGCGAUGAACCAAUAAUUAAAUCGAAGAAAACAAAUGACCACAGAAGACGAUCGUCAUUCAUAAAGGAUCGAUUACCGCUACCAGAGCCACCGAAAAGAUCUGGAAAUUUAUUAAGUUGCGGACAAAAUGAGGUCGGCCAACUUGGAUUUAAUGACGAUGUUUGUGAAAAAACGCGACCAGCUCUCGUCAAAUCGGUUGCUGAUUCAAAAAUUGUUGACGUUUCGGCGGGGGGAAUGCACAGCCUAUAUUUGACUGAGGACGGUGAGGUUUGGUCGUUCGGUUGUAAUGACGAAGGUGCACUUGGUCGCGAUACAAGCGAAGAGGGAUCAGAAUUCGAAGCACAAAAAGUUAAUUUACCAAAUGCAUGCAUUCGUAUUACGGCCGGCGAUUCACAUUCGUCAUUUUUGCUAAAAGAUGGACGCGUAUUUGCAUGUGGAUCUUUUCGAGACUCGCACGGCACUAUGGGUUUGAAUAUUAUCGGAAAGCAGCAAUUUCCCAUUGAGGUCGUACCUGGUGAAGAAUUCGUUGACAUAAAAUCCGGCGCUGAUCAUUUAGUUAUGCUAUCAAAUCGCGGAAAAGUUUUUACAGUAGGAUGUGCGGAACAAGGCCAAUUAGGUCGUGUUUCCAAUCGUUCAUCAUCUGGUGAAAGUCGACGCGGAAAAACACAAUUGCUGCAGCCAGCUUUACUUACGGCCACACGAUUUAAUUUUGUUGAUGCAAUAUGGACCACCACGUAUUGUACGUUUUUGCGAAAUCGAUCCAAUGGUGCAGUAUUCGGUUUCGGUCUUAAUAACUACAAUCAACUAGGAUUGGCGAAGAAAAAUUCAGAAACUGUAUUCACGCCACAAUUGACAACAUUUGAAAAUGUUAAAAGUAUUACCGGUGGACAGCACCACACAUUGGUUAUAACAAAUGAUAAUAAAUCGUAUGCAAUUGGACGCAAGGAUUAUGGACGUUUAGGUUUAGGCGAAAUAGAAGACGAAGUCGAUAAGCUAACAUUAAUCAAAGAUCUUCAAGAUAUAAAUGUUGUUCAACUGGACUGUGGAGAGUGUUGCUCGUUUGCACUCACCGAAGAUGGAAAAGCAUAUAGUUGGGGUAUGGGAUCGAAUCAGCAGCUUGGUAUCGGUUCGGACGAAGAUCAAUUCAAACCUGUACUACUCACAGGCGCUCAAGUUAGAGAGCGAGAAGUGAUUCGCAUAUCAUCAGGUGGUCAACACACCUUAUUCAUUGCUGCCGAAAAAGAAAACAAAACUAACGGAAUUCGUGAAACCAAAACUAAUGGAACCAAUGAAGCUAAAAAAACUAAUGGAACUGAUGAAUCUAAGGCAUCCGAAAAAACAAACACCAAUGGCUCUACCGAUUGAAGUAAACACUCAAAACUAUAAAAAAAAAUUUUUUUUGCAUACAAUUUGAUGCUAUCGACAUUAGGGCAAACAAUUAGAGUGUAAUUUCAUCCCAAUUAAGACAAAAUUGUUUUGAUAAAAUAAAAAUUAACAUUUUUCAAACAAAUAGUAAUUUCAUUAUAUUGUUUUGAGAUAGCAUCAAUGUGUUUUAUUUUGUGUUCUGUGUAUCCAAUUCUUCGAAGUCAGUUUUAUUUUAAUUUUUUUUAAAUAAAUCGUUUAAAAGUU